GCGUAACUACCAGAACUCAAUUGAAAUCGGAAGCCAACACUGGUUGAUUAAUGUGGAAUGGUGUUAUAUAAACCAUGGGUGAGUUAGUACCACCGAAUCACAUCAGACACAGAAAAGAACAUGGAUUUCAGCAGCACUAGAAUGUUGGCACAAGGUCUAUUUGUCUUCCUUAUGCUUUCGACCAUGGCAGAGGCGACAAAGCCCAGAACCAUUUUGGUCGGAGACUCCCAAGGUUGGCGUGCGGGCACUAACUACACGCAAUGGGCCAUUCAAAAUAGCCCCUUCCACAUAAAUGAUACACUGGUGUUCAAGUAUCCCCCACCAGGAAAUUCGACGGUUACGCAGAGCGUGUACUUGCUCCCGAACUUGUGGAGCUACAUAACGUGCGAAUUCCGAGGAGCAAAGUUGUUGGGGAACGCAAGUGAAGGAGAUGACGAAGGGUUUAAGGUUGCACUGAACGAGUCGAAGCCAUAUUACUUUGCCUCCGCAGAAGGCAACUCUUAUGACUGCCUUGCUGGUCUCACCAAGUUCAUCGCUGUUCCAUCAACACGCUCCACCACCUCUUAAUGUUUCCGUUUCUUCUAUCAUUUCACAUUUCGUCUUCUGUUUCUGUUUUCUUUUCUUAAUCAAAUAAAACUGCAUUUCUGGGUUUACACUCAGUUGCGUUCAGAAAGCCCGUGACAGUUUCCUUCGGCCCAUUCUUGUUUGUAUGGCCCGAC